GCUAACUUACAUUACUAUUUGUUUUUGUUUACAUUUUUCAACCGGCUCUAAACGUCCUUAUUAAUUUAUAGUUUUCUAUGUAAGCUAAAGAUCGAGGAAUUAUAAAAACCAAACAAAAUGGAGGCCGAGGUGGCCAACUUCGUGGAGCACGAACUGAAUGAAUUGGAUUUGAAAUCCUGGAGGUCUAUCAAGGAAAGUUUGGAUAGUUUCCUAACGAUACUGCCCACGGUAUUGGGAUUUAUCCUUUCCCGCCUGCUUUGCGGACACCUGCCGCUGCUAUCCACGAGGAGAUUCCUCCUGGAGCUGCUUCUGAUUGGAUUACCAACCGUGAUUUUAAUCACAGUGGGGAGUGCCUAUAGCUACGCCUACUCCCUGGUGGUUUUCUUAGCUGUUGUGGUCUAUAUUUACGGAAAUGUCGCUCCCAAUCCUCGAAAUUUCGUAUAUAAGGUCGGAAAGAGACCCAUAGUGUUCACUCUGCUGAGAGCAACUGCCUACAGUGGCACCUGUGCCGCCAUCCUGGCCGUAGACUUUCCUUCGUAUCCUACGGAUUACCGGAAAAGUCGCACUUUCGGAGCAGCAGUGAUGGAUAUGGGGAUUGGGCUGUUUGUGGUGACCAUGGGAUUGGUUUCGCAACGAGCAAGGAGCAUCACUGAUCUUAGUAAACUAAGGAGAUCUGUUAUUCCUUUGCUGGUCUUAGGACUUGCUCGCACCAUAGUCAUCACGGCGAUCGACUAUCACCAGGAUGAGACGGAAUAUGGCAGACACUUGAACGCCUUCUUCAUACUGGGAUUCACGAAAUUGCUGGGCAGUUGCUAUAGUCUUUUGGUGAGCUCCGAUGAACAGCUCCUGGGACUUUCAAUAGGUUUGCUUUUCCUUCACGAACUGGUGCUCCAACUGGGACUCUCCAAGUUUGUCAUGUCUUCUGCGCCCCAUGAAGGAUUUUUCAGUGCCAACCGGGAAGGCUUAAGUUCCCUGCACGGAUGUGUAGCCCUCUACUUGCUCAGCAUUUACUUUGCGAAGUGGUAUACCUCUCACGAGAGCCUCAGUUAUCAAGGAUUGAUAAGCAAGUUGAAGAGAAUGAUUUUCGUAGCCAUUCUGUGCUGGAAUUUAGUUUUUAUAAGUUCUUUCCUAACGGGCGUGGCACGUGUAACGUUUAGUUUUGGCUAUGUGAUCUGGAUUUUUGCUGUCUCCAUAAGCCUAAUUGUGAUCUACUCGUUCUUCUUUGAGCUGAAACUUGUACGACCUGAUAAAUAUUCUAAGAAGUCAACUGGAGAUGCUGUGGAAAAGAGCAUAUCCCUGCCCACCUUUGUUGAAAGCCUGAACAUGAAUGGUCUGACUCACUUUAUGAUCUCCAACUUCCUUACGGGAAUGGUCAACAUGUCCCUCGACCCGGGUCAUCGAAAUGAUCUUGAGUCCGUUGUUAUACUGUCCAUAUAUAUGUUUGUCUGUGCUGGAGUGGUCUUCCUUAUGCUGAAAAAGGGCAUACGUGUGGCUUAGUAAUUAGUAAUUGUU